UUAUCAACAUGGCGGCGCCAUUACAAAAAUAAGAGCUUGUUUUCAGCGAUUGAAACACUUGAAAAAUAAAGACACAGUUGCGAACAUGCAUAGCGACAAGAAAUUAACCAAGGAAGACACAUGGAGGCCAGCUGACCUGAGAAGAUAUAUUAGAGAGGAAGAACGAGGAGAUUUCAGGAAACGAGAUGAGUCUGAGAGAAAGCACCAUCGUGGGGAUUCCAUAGAGAAACGGACCAGGGACCAAGAGAAGGAGUACAGAAGGGAAAAGGACAAUAUAAGAGAAAGAACAGAUGAAAAUGUAAAGGACAGAUAUUCGGAAAGAAGAAAAGAGGGCUCACGAGACAGGAGAGAGGAGAGGGACAAGGACAGGGAAAAGAGAAGAGAAAGAGACAGACAGGGAGAUGUAAACAAGUAUGUUGAUGAUUAUAGAGAGAACAAAGACAGGAGGCGAGAUAGAGAGGAAAGGCAUGAUAGGGAGAGGGAUAAGGAAAGAAGCAGAGAUAAGGAGAAAGAAAGAGUGAGAGACAGAGAAAAAUACUAUGAGGAGGAAAAAGGUAGAAGGAGGGAAGAGAGGGACAAGGAAAGAAGCAGGGAUAAAGAGAAAGAAAGGGUGAGGGAAAAAGAAAAAUACUAUGAUGAGGAAAAGGAUAGAAGGAGGGAAGAGAGGGAUAAGGAAAGAAGCAGAGAUAAGGAGAAAGAACGGGCAAGAGAAAGAGAAAAAUACUAUGAUGAGGAAAAGGAUAGAAGGAGGGAAGAGAGGGACAAGGAAAGAAGCAGAGAUAAGGAGAGAGAAAGGGCAAGAGAAAGAGAAAAAUACUAUGAGGAGGAAAAGGAUAGAAGGAGGGAAGAGAGGGAUAAGGAAAAAAGCAGAGAUAAGGAGAAAGAAAGGGUGAGGGAAAAAGAAAAAUACUAUGAGGAGGAAAAGGAUAGAAGGAGGGAAGAGAGGGACAAGGAGAGACGGAGAGAAGAACGAGACAGAGAACACAGGAAUGAAAGGGAGAGAAGGAGAAAUGAACCAAGUGGAGAAGAAGGAAGAGACAGAAUAGAAAAGUAUGAGAGAAAUCAGAGAGAUCGGCAUCAGGAGAGAGAACGACACAAAGAUGAAUAUGAAGUCAAGAGGAGUGAAAAAGAAAGGCGAGAGAGACCUGCAGACAGAACGCAUUCUGAACUGAAUGAGGAAAGAGAUUAUAGAGAAGAACGCAGAAAAGACAAAGAUGAGAGAGAAAGGAGACACAAAGACAGAAGAAACUAUGAUGACAAGCAGAAACCUGACAGUGACUCCAGAGAGCAUCAGGACUUGAGGAAGUCAAGCGAAGAGGUUCUAGAUCACCGUAGUGACAGAGAGCGAACAGAAAGGGACAAAUAUAAGGACAGAAGGUACCAAGAGGAGCGAGACCCAGAGAGAAAUGACAGAGACAAGGCCAAAACUAAGAAGUCAGCAUCUGAAACAAGUCAUUCUCAUAAGACAACCAUUGAAACAGAGGAUGUAGUGAUGGUAUCUGGACACCAAGCACCUAGUCUGAAAUAUGUAGGAGACACAGAAGCACCUAUCACCAGUGAUCAAGACGCUGCAGAGCCAGAAUAUGAAGAUGACUUUGAGAAACUGGAUUAUGAGGAGGACUUUGAGGAGAUGGAUGAGAGUGCAAAUGAUAGUGAGGAGGAGAGGCAGUUAUCAGAAGAGAAGGAAGAACUUUCAGAUAAAAGGAGAGAGGAGAUUAAGGCGAUCCAGCGAGCCAUGGACGAGGAGAAUGAAAGAAUGGGAACGGCUCAGUCUAGGCAGAGUCCCAUCAGAGAGGAGGAAGAUAGACCUAAAUGGUCCAGAGGUUCCGAAAAGAACCAGAGUAAAACUUCCCAGCGAGGGAAGUUCAUCAACUUUGUAGCCGCAAAGCAGCGUGAAAUCAACAAGAAGGUUGCCACACAACAGAAAAAACGCAGCACAGAGCUACUCCGUUUAAUUGAUUUGGAUUUCUCAGUGACUUCCUCUCUUCUGGAUUUGCCACCUGUCAAUGAAUAUGACAUGUACAUACGAAAUUUUGGAACAGCAAACACCAAACAGGCUUAUGUUCAGUGUAAUGAAGACAACGCAGACCGGGACAUUCAGACAGAAGAAAUAGAGUUGUGUGAGAAAUGGACACAGCAUCCUCCGGAACACUAUGGAGCCUGUGGAGAUCCAAACCUCACACAAGACCCACAAAAUAGGACCGUAAAUGAAAUUAACUUUGAUUCAAAGCGUUUGACAGCGUUUCUACUCUCAGCUUCACAGGUCAUGGUCGUCCUUUUGGAAGAAGAUCAAGCUGAGAGAGAAUCUCUCAGAAAGCUUCAGAGUCAAACAGACACACUGUCUUUCAGUGAUGGAAGUUUACAGCUCAACACUAAGCUGCCUUUUCUCUAUGGUCGCAGCAUCAGCCUGAUCCACUUUUCUCAGGUCCAGAGGCACACCAUGAUGUCAGUCCACAAACCUACAACAAAACCCAGUGCUGUACGUCUUGACAGCUGCACUGUCAUCUGCAUCUGGAACAUUUGGGAGCCAUCCAAACCCCAGAAGAUUCUUGUAUAUGAAUCUGAGGUGCUGUGUUGCUGCUUUAGCCCUGGAAAGGCCAUAUUGGUGUUUGCAGGCACAUCUGUCGGCUCUGUGGUGCUGUGGGACCUGAGGGAGCAGGCUUGUAACCAUUACCGCAUAACGAUAGGGGAAGAUGAGUGGACCUUGAGACAGCCGUCUUUCUCCACAGACGCAGUGAUGGCUGGUUCAGGCCAUUUGUCAUCUGUGACGUCUGUAGAAGUGGUGCCCUCUGCUAUAGCUGGAGGGCUGAGGCCAGAGGUCCCCCUUUUGGCUUCUGAGGAAGAGUCAACAGGACUGUCUUUCCAGUUGGCGUCUUUGGAUGAAAGCGGAGUUUUAAAUUUCUGGGUGGUGGUAGAACUUCCAAAAGCCAAUGAGUCAGGUUCACAAACAGAUUUAGGACUCAGGCCUGGGGGUAAAGUCAAGCUUCUUCACAGCUCUUCUCUCCUCACCACUGAGAGGGUAUCACAGCGAGAGGCAACAAAAACAGGACCGUUACAGACACUUCAAUUGAAAUUCCUUCCAUCCGACUCGAAUCAUUUCUUUAUUGGCACUAAUAUGGGUAUAGUCAGCCAUGGAACAAGCCAUGGUUUAAGAGCUCUACCAAAGUUUUACAGAUUUCACGAGGGUGGAGUCCGACCUGUUGAUGUCAACUCGAUCAGCUUUUCCCCCUUCAGACAACACUUAUUCUUGGUGGGCUGUGGGGAUGGCAGCAUCAGGCUUCAUGUGGUCAGCUAUGAACAGCCUUUGACGGAGUGGAAUAACCUCACAGCAGGUGAACCAGUGGUCUCAGUGCAGUGGGCACAAACCAGGUCCACAGUCUUCUGUGUGCUUGAUGCCGCCUCUAACUUUCACAUAUGGGACCUGUUGAAAAAUGAAACGGAGCCUGUUGUCACUGAAAGGAUCAAUGCUGACCGGGUGACAGCAAUGGCUACGUUUGGAGACUCAGGACAACAAAACACAUAUUCAGGAGUAGCACUAGCACAUGAGUCAGGAAAAAUAGAAAUACAGUAUUUCACAAAGAAUUUGACAGUGCCCAGCCCUGCAGAAGAUGAGAAACUGGAAUGUUUAAUGAAAGAAGCCUUCUGAACACCGCAUAUCGUAUGACCUGCAUGCCAGUUAAAAAUAUACAGUUUGUGUAUAAUCUCUGGAAAAUCAUUAGGAUCAGUUGUUUGGCUAAAUCUGUUCUUGUUUAGUAAAUACUGUCAGUUUGUACUGUUGUUUUUCCUAGUUAAGUUUAUUAUGUUACAUUUUUCAAACCCUAACAUAGGUACCAAAGAUUCUCUUCAGGGGCCUUAGUGCAUUUUACAUCUUCUAGGAAUAAUAUAAUCUAUACAUACACACAGACAUAUACAGAUGGGUGACAAAUUAAAGGAAAAAUCAACAUCAACAGAGUGUCAUAAUAUGGUCACCAGAACAGCUGCAAUGCAUCCACUGUACAGGUCUG